CGCAGAGCUCCAUCAAUAGGUGGCAGUAAAGCGCCCAGUCGCUGUUUCUCCAACCGCUAGAAACGCCCGAAGAAGAAAAAGGCUCCACAGCUUUCUCAGCUUUAGCCGACCGAGCUAAUAAUCACUUUAAAUAAUUUUUGACACAGGUUUGCAGUUGCAGUUCGAUGGAGUUCAAAAUAAAAGCACGUUAUUGUGUCUAUUACUGAGGAUUUAAAACCCUGAGAUGUUAUAAUGAGUUCAGCAGGAGACAGACAGCGCUCCUCCAGGAAGUCUCGGGCUCCUGAUCCUGCUCCCUCACAGCUGUGUGAGGAUGUGAAAACAGAGACUUCAGAUGGAGGAACAUUCGACGUGUCAGAAGUGAAGAAAGAGGAGACGCUGGAGCUGAACAUCUACAACCAUGGAGACGACGCUGACAACACACCUGAAGUUAUCUCCAUUAAAGAGGAAAAUCCUGACAAUAAAGACUACCUCUACUGUGAAAUUUGCAAAUCUUUUUUCUUCAACAAGUGUGAGGUUCACGGACUGCCUCUCUUCAUCCCUGAUACUCCUGCUCCCAUGGGAGUCCCUGACCGAGCCAGACAAACUCUUCCUCCUGGACUAGAGAUUCGGAAGUCCGGUAUUCCUGACGCAGGCCUGGGAGUGUUUAAUAAGGGGGAGACUGUUCCAGUAGGCGCACACUUCGGACCCUACCAGGGAGAGCUGGUAGACAGAGAAGAAGCCAUGAACAGUGGAUACUCCUGGGUGGUCUACAGGAGCGGGCAGUGUGAAGAAUACAUAGAUGCCAAGAAAGAGAUGCAUGCGAAUUGGAUGAGGUAUGUGAAUUGUGCUCGUAAUGAUGAAGAGCAGAAUCUUGUGGCUUUUCAGUAUCGAGGGAGCAUUCUGUAUCGCUGCUGUCGACCCAUUAACCCAGGACAGGAGCUCAUGGUGUGGUAUGAAGAGGAGUACGCUAAAGAUCUCUGCCCUGCAUUUGAUUGCCUCUGGAACAAAAAGUGCUCUGCAGAUGAGAAAUGCAUUAAAUUUAUUUGGGAGGAACUUCAUCAUGCAGCAAGACAAUGACCCAAAACACACUGCCAACAUAACAAAAGGACUUCAUCAGGGUUAAAAAAAAAAAAAAGUGGAAGGUUUUAGACAAUCACCAGGCCUUAACCCAACUGAGCAUGUAUUUCACCUCCUGAAGGGAGAAAUCCUCCAAAACAAAUGACAACUGAAAAAAACUGCACUACAAGCCUGGAAAAGCAUCAAUGCAACAGUUUGGUGAUGUCAGUGGGUCUGCGGCUUGAUGCAGUUAUUACAAACAAGGGACAUGCAACCAAAUGUUAUUUAGUAAGUGUUAUGUACUUUAAAUUACUUUAAGACUAUUUGUUCCACUCCUUUUGCUCACCUAAAAGUUGGGUGGUCUGCCAUAAAAAGUGCAAUGUUCUAAGUUGUUAUAUAUACACACACACACUGUACUGUGCAAAAGUCUAUUACAGUACUAUACUGUAUACUCUAUACUGUGCAAAAGGCAUCCUGUUUUUUUUUUUUUCUUUUUCUUACAAACUUUUAUUUUUAUUUUUUGAUUUCUACAUUAUUGAGUCUGUACAAAAACAUUUGAGACAUGCAUUUCUUUGCAUGUGCCUAAGACCUUUGCCCAGUACUAUACACACACACACACAUAUAUAUAGAAGAAGAAGCCUUUAUUUGUCACAUAUUCUUUUAUUUGCAUAUCCCAGCUUGGUAGGAAGCUGGGGUCAGAGUGCAGGGUCAGCCAUGAUAUGGUGCCCCUGGAGCAGGGAGGGUUAAGGCCCUUGCUCAAUUGUCCAACAGUGACAGCUUGGUAGUGCUGGGGCUUGAACCCCUGACCUUCUGAUCUGUAACCCAGAGCCUUAACCUUUGUGCCACCACUGCCCGAUUGCAGAGAUUUUUUUUCAGUUGUUUAUUCUUCAGUCUUAAAUAUUAUUUAACAAAUAACUCACAUAAAAUAACAUAACAAUUAACAAAAAACAAUGUUGGCCCCUCGAAACUAUUCAGUGAUGAAUAUAGCCACCCUUCUUUUCAAUAACCGCCAUGAGCCUUCCAUCCAGUGAAUCUGUCAUUUGAUCUGUCCAUGAUCAAUUUUAGCUGACACUGCCACCACAGCCUCCCAAAAGCUGUUCCAAGAGGUAAAUUGUCUUCCUUCACUGUAAAUCUCAUGCUUGAGAAUGGCCCAGAUCUCAAUAGGAUUUAAGUCGUGUGAGGAAGGGGGCCAGGUCAUCAUUCUGUCAUCUUUGAUGCCUUUUCUGGAUAGCCAAGCUGUCAUGUACCUUGAUGUAUGUGAUGGAGCAAUGUUCUGCAUAAAGAUCAUGGCCGUUCUGAAUGUUGCUGACUUCUUCCUGUGCCACUGCUUGAAGAAACCCUUCUAGUAACUAUCAGUUUGUUUGGGAGUUGAUUUUCAGUCCAUCUUCAACCCGAAAAGGUCCAACUAGGUCAUCAUUAAUGAUACCAGCCCACAGCAGUACCACUCCUCCACCUUGCUGGUGCCUUGCUCAAACUUCUACUCUCUGCCGAUUAGUGAUCCAUUCACGUGCCCACCCAUUUGGUCCAUCUAGAGUUGCUUCCAGCCAGAGAGGACUCUCCUGCAGCCAAGUAUGCAUGCUUGGUUGUAGGCUAGUUUAGGGUUGGUUGGCAUCAGCUCAUCACAUAGGAGAUUAGCUGAGUUACCAUACUCUGUAUUUGAAGUGUCUUCUUGGUGACAUUGUUUCCAGCAUGGCUUUCUCUAGGAGCCAACAUCUGACUAUGGCUAGUCUUGGAAUUAGUGGGACAGCUUGGUGGUGGUUUGCUUUUUACCCGGAACGACAGUCAUAUCAGGUGUGAGCUGGAGGGAAUCCACAUCUUCUCCAUGCAGACUUUGCACUGGUGUCCUACAAGGCUCAGCACUGGGUCCUCUUCUGUUCUCACUCUGUACCCACUCUCUCAGUGAGGUUUUUUUUAUAAUACUGCUGUGCUGAUAACAUUAAACUCAUCCUCUACUUUCCUC